ACGAAAAGUAAAGAGCAUCUUCUAACUCCUCACCCAGAUGAGCUUAAACGGUUUCUGAGAAUGCAGCAGAGUUCGAAAUUGAAUCUUUGAUUUGGGUUUUUCUUGCUCCUUGUGGGUUUUUUAGUAAAUGGGAGUAAUGGGGAAGAAUGGGGUUGUCUUGGGUCUCAUAUUCAUGGUUUUGUUUGGAUGUCUUUCAUCAGCUUCAGCUGCUGCUCCUGCUCCUGCAAGAAUUGUUACUGGGAUUGUCUCUAAUGCUUUCUCUGCUCUUCUUAAAUGGUUGUGGUCACUUAAAGCAACCACCAAAACUGCGGUUUCUGGCCGUCCCAUGAUGAAGUUCGAGAGUGGUUACACUGUCGAGACGGUAUUCGAUGGGAGUAAGCUUGGAAUCGAGCCGUACGCGGUUGAGGUUUCACCCAGUGGGGAGCUUCUGGUUUUGGACACUGCGAACAGUAACAUUUACAGGAUCUCCUCACCAUUGUCCCGAAAUAGCAGGCCAAAACUGGUUGCUGGAUCAGCUGAAGGUUACUCUGGACAUGUGGAUGGGAAGCCCAGAGAAGCAAGGUUGAACCAUCCAAAGGGAGUUACAGUGGAUGAUAGGGGAAAUAUUUACAUAGCGGACACUGUGAACAUGGCAAUCAGGAAGAUCAGUGAUGCAGGGGUUACAACAAUUGCAGGAGGAAAAUGGAGCCGUGGAGGGGCCCAUGUUGAUGGACCAAGUGAAGAUGCAAAGUUUUCUGAUGAUUUUGAUGUUGUUUAUAUUGGAAGCAGCUGCUCUCUUCUUGUCAUAGACAGAGGAAACCAAGCAAUUCGAGAGAUACAGCUCCAUUUUGACGACUGUGCCUACCAAUAUGGGAGUGGUUUCCCUCUAGGGAUUGCUGUUCUGGUUGCUGCUGGCUUUUUUGGUUACAUGUUGGCCUUGCUGCAAAGGAGAGUGGGUAAAAUGGUCUCUUCCCAAAAUGAUCCCGGAAGUAGGAAAACAAGCUUUCCAUUCAGUCCAUAUCAGAAGCCACUGAAAUCAUCAGUCAGACCACCAUUAAUCCCCAAUGAUGAUGAACCAGAGAAACAAGAAGGUUUUUUUGGUUCUCUUGGGAGGCUUUUCCUUGACACUGGUGCAGCUGUGGCAGAAAUAUUUGGGGGUUUGUUUUCAGGUUUUAGAAGGAAGCCACUGAACCAUCAACUGCAACAGCAAAAGCGUCAUAAUGCUUGGCCAUUGCAAGAAAGUUUUGUGAUACCUGAUGAAGAUGAGCCACCAUCUAUAGACACAAGGACCCCAACCCCACCCCCACGGAAGACUUAUGCUUUCAUGUCGAAGGACCUAGAGAAGACCAACCAUUUCCAGCAAAGUCGAGCUUUCUAUAAUGGUUGGGAUGGUGAUUUUCAGCAGCAACAACAACAGCAUCACCAGCAGCAGCAACAUCAUCAGAGGCAUUAUUCAUCUGGCCCACAAACAUACUAUGAGCAGAGUUGUGAGACAACCAAUGAGAUUGUGUUUGGUGCAGUUCAGGAACAAGACGGUCGACGUGAAGCAGUGGUGAUAAAACCUGUGAACUAUGGAGAUCCUAUUUAUGAUCAUCACAAUAUCCGCUCUCGUGGAUGUUAUAUGGGUUACACCCAUGGCUAUUAAUUGUCUUUGCUACAUAUAAAAGUUACUAGAUUUUUAGUCUUGUGACCUCUUUUUCUUUUAUCAAUUGAUAUUUAAAGAUAUAGGUAAUAGGAAAUUUCAACAUGAUUUGUAAAGAAUGAAUUGUAAGGACAGCUUUUCUGCUGGAUUUGAUUCAAGGAAUGUUGAUUCUCUGAAA